AUGUCGAAUGAAGAUGACGAAUGUGACUCUUCGAGUCUAUUUAAUGUUGCCAGUCAGUCUGAUGUAAAUUCGUUUUUACACUCACAAGCAGCAAAGAUAACAGGUAUAACCGCAAGUAUAAGUGAUGAUGAGAGUAGUUCAAUGGAUGGUAGUUUAUUGGCACGUUUUUCUCAAGUAUCAACGGAAAAAAAAGUUAUAUCAACAUCAAAUACAAAUAUACGUUCGCCACCUGUAAAACCUUAUUUAAGUCGUUCAUGUUUCGCAUCAUUAACAUGUGCGUCACCAAUAAAAAAUGCGCCACAAAAAAAUUAUGCAUCCGAUGAUUUAACAGAAUUAAAAUGGUUAAAUACAUUUAAAUUGAAAGAAUUAAAAGACGAUUUAAAUUCAAAUGAGAAUAAAGAUAAUAAUAAUGAAAAAAAUUCAUCAACACAACCACAACAAGAACAAAACAAUAACGAUGAAGAUCGUCUUGCUAAAUUAAUAAGUGAAUUAAAAUCUUAUGAUCAUGAAAGUACAAAAGUGAAUACAACAUCCUUCGGUAUUCUUCUAUUUCUUGGAUUUUAUUCGAAACGUGAUGAAAAACAUUUAUCAUGGUCGUUAACAAUUAAGCAAUUAUAUGAAUUCGUGCAGAGUAAUGCGAAACAAAUAACAAAUAAACGCGGAUGGAAGAAUCUUUUACGACAAACAUUAAUUACAAUACCAUGUUUUGUUAAAACAAAACGUGAUUUACUUAAAUCUCGUUCCUUGUGGACGAUUGAUUCGUAUUAUCGACCAUUAUUAACAAAAGCCUAUUUAACAAAUCCACCAACACAACCAUCGAUUACAUCGAAUAAAACUCUCUCUGAAGCACCAACAAAUCGGCAUGAUGAUCAAUUAGAUGCAAGUCGUACCUCACAAUCGAUUGAGAGUGGUUUUGCGCCAAAAGCAACAGUGAAAGCAAAAGUGCUUCCUCGUCUUUAUGAACGUCUUCGUGAAGAAAAAGCAAUGGAAGAUGAGGAUGGAGAUGAAGCUGAUUCAAGUAAUCUUGGCAAAAGUCAUCGAAGUCUAUCAACAGGUCGUAAACGUCCUCGUUCUUCAUCGUCAGGCCAGCGACAAUCAAGUAAAAGUAAAGAUAACAAACGUCGUUCAUCGACAUCACCAUGGACAGCUAAAUUACUCAAACGACAUAAGAAACGACAUCACCGUCAAAUCGCUGUCGAAUCACUGAAAACAUCCACACCAAAUCGAGGAUCUAAUACUGAAACUCGGUCAACAUCAGCAUCAACUGUUGUUACACCUUGUCCAAGUAUGGAUCAUACUUAUUUACUUCAACCUGAAAAAACAAAACAUUCACCAAGAAAACAAUCACCAAUGAAAAGAACCACGUCGACAGGAUCCAUUGAAUAUAACGAUCCAUCAAGUGGUGAUAUUGAAGAUGAGGAUGAACUUGAUAGUAGUUCAUCUGUACGUCCAGUACGUAAAUCAAUCAUCACAACUCGUGCUCAAGCAGCUGCACGUAGUCAUUCAAAAAGUCGUCGAAAAAGUUCGCCACCAAAAAAACGUUUAUCUCUUCAACUACCAUCUCAUCGGCCGAAUACACGUAUAAAUCGACGAAAUAUCGAACAAGAUUUAAAAUUACUACGGCAAGCUAAUGUUCUACCACCAUUGUCACCACCAACACAUCAGCAGCCACUUGAUUUGUCUCUUGGCCCAAAUCGUUCAUCGUCAUAUGAAGAAACAAUGGAACAAACCACAACAAAUAUCGAAACAGUCAAAGAAACAAUUGAAAUAAAAACAACACCAAUCGAGGGUGUCCUUGAUUUAUCUCUGUCCCGAUGA